CCUGCGCGAAGCUGGGUGCCCCGGGGAGUCUGACCAGCAUGCCACCUCCUUGCCUCCUCUUCUUCCUCCUCUUCCUCACCCCCAUGGGAGUCAGGCCCCAGGAACCUCGACUGGUAAAGGUGGAAGAGGGAGAUGACGCUGUGCUGUUGUGCCUUGAGGAGACCUCACAUGACCCUGCUCAGCAACUGGCCUGGCGGCGGGAGUCCCCGUCGCUCGAACCCUUCUUAAAACUCAGCCUGGGGCUGCCAGGCCUGGGAAUCCACGUGGGGCCCAGGGGCAUCUGGCUUUUCAUCUUCAAUGUCUCUCACCAGAUGGGGGGCUUCUACCUGUGCCAGCGAGGGCCCCCCUCCGAGAAGGCCUGGCAGCCUGGCUGGACAGUCAGUGUGGAGGGCAGUGGGGAGCUGUUCCGGUGGAAUGCUUCGGACCUCGGUGGCCGGGGCUGCGGCCUGGAGAACAGGUCCUCAGAGGACCCCAGCUCCCCUUCCGGGAACCUCAUGAGCUCCCAGCUGUAUGUAUGGGCCAAAGACCGCCCUAAGAUCUGGGAGGGAGAGCCUCCGUGUGGCCCACUGAGGGACAGCCUGAACCAGACCCUCAGCCAGGACCUCACCAUGGUCCCUGGCUCCACACUCUGGCUGUCCUGUGGGGUACCUCCUGACUCUGUGUCCAGGGGCCCCCUUUCCUGGACCCAUGUGCGCCCCAAGGAGACUAACUUCUCAUUGCUGAGCCUAGAGCUGAAGGCCAAUCUCUCAGCCAGAGACAUGUGGGUCAUGGAGAAAGGUCUGUUGUUGCCCCAGGCCACAGCUCAAGAUGCUGGAAAGUAUUAUUGUCACCGUGGCAACCUGACCAUCUCAUGGCACUUGGAGAUUACUGCCCGGUCAGCACUAUGGCACUGGCUGGUGAGGACUGGUGGCUGGAAGGUCCCAGCUGUGACUUUGACUUAUAUGAUCUUCUGCCUGGGUUCCCUGGUGGGCAUUCUUCAUCUUCAAAGAGCCCUGGUCCUAAGGAGAAAAAGAAAGCGAAUGACUGACCCCGCCAGGAGAUUCUUCAAAGUGACGCCUCCCCCAGGAAGCGGGCCCCAGAACCAGUACGGGAAUGUGUUAUCCCUUCCCACACCCACCUCAGGCCUCGGACGCGCCCAGCGUUGGGCCGCAGGCCUGGGGGGCACCGCCCCGUCUUAUGGAAACCCGCGCAGCGACGUCGAGGCGGAUGGAGCCGUGGGGUCCCGGAGCCCCCCGGGAGCGGGCCCAGAAGAAGAGGAAGGGGAGGGCUAUGAGGAGCCGGACAGUGAGGAGGGCUCCGAGUUCUAUGAGAACGACUCCAACCUUGGGCAGGACCAGCUCUCCCAGGAUGGCAGCGGCUACGAAAACCCUGAGGACGAGCCCCUGGGUCCUGAGGAUGAAGACUCCUUCUCCAAUGCUGAGUCUUAUGAGAACGAGGAUGAAGAGCUGACCCAGCCAGUCUCCAGGACAAUGGACUUCCUGAGCCCCCAUGGAUCUGCCUGGGACCCCAGCCGGGAAGCAACCUCCCUGGGGUCCCAGUCCUAUGAGGAUAUGAGAGGGAUUCUGUAUUCAGCCCCCCAGCUCUGCUCCAUUCGGGGCCAGCCUGGACCCAAUCAUGAGGAAGAUGCAGACUCUUAUGAGAACAUGGAUAAUCCUGAUGGGCCAGACCCAGCGUGGGGAGGAGGAGGCCACGUGGGCACCUGGGGUGCCAGGUGAUCCUCGGGUGGCCAGCCUGGAUCUCCUCAAGUCCUCAAGAUUCACGCCUGACUCUGAAAUCUGAAGACCUCAAGCAGAUAUGAUGCCAACCUCUGGAGCAAUGUUGCUCAGGAUGUGUGCAUGUGUGUACAUGCGUGCAGGUGCGUGUGUGUGCGUGUGUGUGUGUAUACAUGCCAGUGAUACUUCCGGUCCCUUUUGCAUUCCCUAAAUAAACUCAACGAGCUCUUCCAA